CUACAGCUGCAGCAGAAGCCUGCAAAAGACAACCCCAUCUUCCUUCCUACUGACUCUGAGUAUGACUGGCUCCUGGCCAAGAUUUUUGUGAGGAGCGCUGACUUUCAAGAGCACCAGCUCAACGUCCACCUGCUGCGCACUCACCUCCUGGCUGAGGUGUUCGCUGUAGCACUGCUGCGCAACGUGCCCAUGGUGCACCCCCUCUACAAGCUUCUGAUUCCACAUACCCGCUACUCCCUCCAGAUCAACCUCUUGGCCCGGUCAUUUCUAAUAGCUGAUGAAGGAGUUUUCACUCAGUUUGCUGCUUCGGGCGGAGAGGCGAUGAAUGAGAUCCUGAGGAGAUCUGUGGCCUCAUUGACCUACAGCUCCCUCUGUAUGCCGGAAGACAUCACUGCACGAGGUCUGGAGUCAGUCCCCAACAACUACUACAGGGAUGAUGGACUCAAGCUGUGGGACAUCAUCCACAGGUUUGUAGAGGAAGUGAUUCGUUUCUAUUACAAGAGUGACUCAGAGGUCCGGGAAGACCAGGAAGUACAGAACUGGAUCAAGGAUAUCUUUGACCAUGGCUUUCUGGCCCAAGAAUGCACAGGAAUCCCUCAGUCUUUCUCUACUGUGCCAGAGGUCGUCAAGUUCGUCACCGUGGUGAUCUUCACCUGCUCAGGCCAGCAUUCUGCUGUCAACUCUGGACAGUAUGACUAUGGUGGCUGGAUGCCCAACACCCCCAUCUCCCUGAAACAGCCACCUCCCACCACUAAGGGGCAGUCUACUGAGAGCACCAUGCUGGAGACCUUCCCAGAUGUCGGCACAACAGCACAGGGCAUGUCCACUAUGUGGCUCCUUAGCAAGCAAUCCACUGAUUUUGUGACCCUUGGCAAGUACCCAGAGGAGCACUUCAAUGAGAUACCACCCUGCAGGAUGAUUCAGAAAUUCCAGACGGAGCUGAAGGUCUUCAGCGAGACCGUCAAGGCCAGGAACUCUGGACUACCAGUGCCAUACACCUACCUGGACCCUGCUGUGGUGGAGAACAGCGUGGCCAUUUAGAUAAGCCAAGGGCCUAGACCAGGGUUCAGUUCAUUAGGCACUAAUUGGAAGAAAACUGAGGACCUAUCUGGAAUUUUCCAGUAAGGUUUAUUUUUGUUGUCCUUUGUGCAGCUUUUUCAAAUGUUUUCCAUUGAGUGCCCUGAUGAACAUGACCCAAUGAUUCUGGAGGCAUGCGCUAGUAAACAUGCUUCAAUCUAUAAAAAUGUUUUAUUGAGCAUGAUCAUUUUUGGGGCUUCAAUAAAUGAAUGUCUUAAUUCAAUCAGAUAAAGGGAAAUCGCACUGUGGGUUCAGUCAGAAUGUUAUUGCUGUAUCAGAAGUUUUAACUGUUAAACCAACACACCGCCACAUGGUGUCCCUCUCACAGACUAAGAACACUUGUUGAUGUUAUUAUUACCUUUGUACGUGUUAAUGGAUGUUAAGAAAUACAGGGUAUUUUUACAGAUUAAUUUCUGGUGCCAUAUAACUACGGACUACAGGGACUCCUGGUGAAAAUGAGCUCUCCUGCUAAAUGAUGUGACACUGAAAUGUUGAUGAACAAUAAACAAGUGUCAGAAUAAUAUGAGAGAACAAUAGGUGUGACUCUCAAUUACAAUUAAAAGCUAAUCAUUUUCUA